AGGUCAUGAAAGUUAACCUAAAAGUUGCUGGCUCUACACCAGUAAACUACGAACAAGACUUAAUGACACAACACGAGAGAUAAUGAGCAGGGAACAAACCUCCCACCCAACAACCAGUGAGACUAUUAUCUCAGUCUCCAAGUUAAAAGAUACCAGAUGUGGUACAGUGCGCGGUCACGUGAUAGGCACGAUUAGCAAGACUAUCCUGUCAGACUCUAGUGGUAAGAUAGAGGUGGUACUGUUUGGUGAGGUCCUGCUGAGGCCGGGUGCAGUGUAUGAAGUGAGGGUUGGGGAGAUGGUGUUAGGAGAUUGUGUUCCUGUUAGAUCUCCUGAUCAGAUCAGACUCAUCAGUGAUCGCCCUGAGCCUAGUAACGGUCGCCUUAGUAACGGUCGUCCUGAGCCUGGUAACGGUCGCCUUAGUAACGGUCGUCCUGAGCCUAGUAACGGCGGUGAGGAUUAUGUUUCUGUUUUUACAAAACACCCUACUGAACGGCACUUCCUGCAGAGUGUUGUGUUUUAUGUGAUGGAGAAAUCAAACAGGAUUAAAAAGAGCAGGUUUUUUGUUAGCACACUUUUUGUCCAUCAACAAACCGCUCACACUGAAAUGAUCUCUGAGGUGUACAUCCACAAUUUGAAAGCAGAAUGGUAUCUCUACCUCAUUCCUGGGAAAUUUUAUCUCAUGACAUUCGAGAAUUGUUUCAAUUUUGAUUGGGAAUCUGAAAAUAUAAUCUUGGAUUUAGAUGAUAAUGCCUUUCCAGAUUAUUCUAUUAGACAUAUUCCAGAGAACUCAGAUACAUUUCCCAUGUGUCGGUCACACAAGAUAAUAGACCAUGAACGUUACGGCAAAGAUAUCAAAAAACUGAUUACUUUUGCUGAAAUGCGAGCACUUAAAAACAAAGUGCACUUCGUAAACGUAGAGGUGGAAGUUCUUGGAACAUCUUCAUUCGAGAAGAGCGGGUUUAUUUCAUUCGUGGACUCUGAUAAAAACAUGGAGAACAUAGCAUUCACCCCUUGUCUUCGGGUUCUACCCAGAUUCCUUAUUCCUGGUUCUAAAGUAAUCCUCUAUAGGCUUUUCAUGAAAUCAGUAACAAAUGCAACCGGAACCAGACACUUCCUGUCCGUGACUCACAUGACACAAGUAUCCCUGGUGAGCCUGCCUUGUUCCACCCUCUCCACCUCCCAAAUAUCCACUCUCAACACUGCACGAACUCUCCAGAACACUGGUAUCCUCAACAUUAUAGUCAGUAUCGACUGUAUCCUCUCACUCUCCGUCAACACCUUCAACAACAUCCACUGUAGAGUCUCUGUGAGGGAUGUCAGUGAUACCGCGACCCUUCAUAUCAGAGACAAUACUGUGUUUGUGAGGGAGUUGUUCGGGAUCACGAGGGAGGAGGAGGGGUUGUUGGGGAAUGUUAGGAAUUUGGACCAUGGCAAGGUUGAUGGGAGCGAGGGAGGUCGGAUACUACCCAUAUUUUCCAGACUUUUACAGAGCGGAAGACGGUUUAAUAUAAAAGGAAAUGUCCGACUGGACUCAGUCCAGUAUCUUGUCAGACGCAAUAUGGCAAAGUUCCAAAAUGUCCACGAAUUCACGUCUUUCCGUACACGCUGAAGACGCUGUCACCAGUCGAGGAGUUACAAGUUUUAUGCAGAUCAUAACUCAAGAUUAUAUAUUUCAUGGUUUUUAGUUGCUGAAAAUUUUUACAAUUCUGUUGAUGUUAUUUCUAAACUUGUAUUUCACUUUUUAAGUGUUUUUAUCAUAUUUAUUUAUAACUUAAUGAGCUUAAUUCUAGAAGUUUUAUUUUUAACAACGUUUAUGAUUCUAUUUUUGUUUUUUCAACUAAACGCCUAAAUUUCAUUGCUUCGUGGUCAUUGGUGUUACGUUGUGCAAUCAUUGUUAUACAUUGCAUAAUUUGCAUUAUAUACCUCAUAAUAUAUUAUUAUGACUCUUCUUCGCGUUCGGUCAUUAACCUUCUAUAGGUAUGUCUACUUAUAUGUUUAAUUGUUUAGUUCAAGGUCUCAAAUUACU